AUGACGUCAUCCCCCCCCUUCAGGAAGCAGGGAGAAGAAGAAGGCGAGAGAAGGAAAGCAUCGAGUAUCAGGGCAGAGAGCAGACACCUAUCGACAUCUACAUCUACCUGUCUAUCAAACCAUCUAUCAAACUAUCUAAGAAGUGUACUCCUUCUAGAAGGGUCACCUAUCGAGUCUAAGAUCAUGUUGCAGCUUCGCCUUCUACGGCCAAGUCUAGCCAGUCUACCACUGCUACCAAGCCUAAGACCACAUCCUACCGUUACAACGACAAGAGCGGCCAGUAGUGACUCUAGCGGCGGCAUCAACACCGACCGAGGCGAGUACUCUAAGAGCGGCGGGGACAGCGAGGUAGCGGCCCAACGAAGCGCCUAUGACAUCUGCUACCGCGACCCUGCCGAUGUCCGGACGGCCUCUGACCGCGAGGAAGAAGCCAACGGCCACUACGGCCGCCAGAGAUCUCACGCUUCACUGACGAAGGCGGAGGGCAGCACGACGAAGAAGCUCGGCCGAGCAAGAGGGUGUCGCCGCGCAAGGGCAGACAGUUGGACUAUGGAGGAGCGGACAUCACCAGCCAUCGCAGCAAAUAGCCUGACUAUCUUCCCUUUCACCUCUUUCUCUUUCUCUCUCUCUCUGUCUCUCUUGUCUCGCAUCUCUUAUCCCGUCAAGUAUCUACUUCCAUUGACUACUUCAUCUACGGCCUCUCUACUUCCUCUUUUUUGGCCGAAAACAGUAAGAGCAGUAAAAGUGAGUAAAAACAGGGGAGAAGAAAAGGACGAACAUGCGUUCUUCUCUUCACUUCCUCCUUUCUACUCACUCUCUCCUUAUUCUCUACUCCUACUAAUACUACUAAUACUCCUCCUACUCUCUUUACUCUUUAUUAAUACCACUGAUACUAUCACGACGGCCUCUACGAUGGCAUCUACCCUAACCUCUACCAGACUGGGUGCUGGUAGCCUCGCGUUGGGCUUCCUAGGGGAGAGACAGAAGCUGAAGAGAAAGAGAAGCGAAAAGGAAAAGGACAGAGCAGCCAGAGUGGUCGUGCCAGUCAGGGCCUUGGGCUGCGUCAGGGCGAGUCUCGAGCAGGCUGCCCUGCUGUCUCUGCCGUUGGUGGUGCACCUGGUUGGCGACGAAGACAGCAGCGUCGAGGAUAGUGAUGCCUGCGUCGAGAUGGCAGCAGAGUUGGGUGUGACUCUGAUAAGCUGCCGUCAGGGAGAGGAGAAGGAGACGACGGCGUUGGCAGUGCAGGUUGCUCCGUCGAUGGUGCUUCACAUGGACGCCGCAGUGAUACCAGCCGAGGAGGAUGCAGUCUAUGACUUGCCGCAGAGAAAAGGAGACCACAAAACCACAAGUGACCAGUAUGAGUACUACGGGCCUGAAGAUGCUGUCUCGGUGGUGGCUGUCUUUGGCCAUGCUGCUGCUAGUGAUGCACUCAAGGCAACGGGAGUGAUGGUCGUCAAGUUCUGGCCUGUAGAGGCAGAAGAGAUCGUCAAGGUGAUUCCAGGGACAGUCAAGACGGUGGGAGUGCUUGGAGGACAGCAGGAGUCGCUCUUCAGGCAGAUGCUCCCUCUCAGCCUUAGAGUGUCCCUCGUGAGCCUGACCGCGAGGACUCUGGCUGAAUUCACUGGGACGCUGGCCGAACAGCAGACAGAAGACAAGGAGGAGAAGAUAGUCGUGGAAGAAGAACAACAGGAAGUAGAAAAUAAGGUCACCGUUGAAGACAUUACCAAGGGGCUUCUCUUUAAGGAGGCACUUGGGGCGAAGACGACCUUACCAAAACUCCCUGUCAAGACCUACGCAGUCACCGUCAAGGAGAAUCGCAGACUUACACCGACACACUAUCACCGUCACAUCUUCCACCUAGAGCUGGACCUGGGUGACUCAGGGCUUACCUAUGAGAUAGGAGAGGCACUGGGAGUGCACCCUGAGAACUCACGUGAAGAAGUGGAGGAGUUUGCUGCUGCCUACCCCUUGGACCUGGAUGAGAUAGUCAGUUACCAGACAGAAGAAGGCAGACAGGCACAGACAGUCUACCAGGCACUCAGGAGACUGGACCUCUGGGGCAGGCCUCCCAAGAAGUUCUACCUCGACCUCAGCGAGCAUGCUACCGACACCAAGGAAAAGGAGAGACUGGCCUACCUUGCAUCCCCAGCUGCCAAAGACGAGUUCAAGCAACGUUCAGAGGUCGACAUGCUGACCUAUGCCGACAUCCUCCAGGAGUUCCCUUCAGCCAGACCUGCAUUCACCACGUUGGCUGCUAUGGUAGGCCCCGUGAAGCGAAGAGAGUACUCUAUUGCUUCCUGCCAGCGUCUUGCUCCCUCAAUAGUUGCCCUCAUGGUCGUCGUCGUCGGAUGGAAGGACGGUCGUGGCAGGGCUCGCUCCGGACAUGCAUCAACAUACCUCUCCAGAAUGUCUCCCGGUGCCCCCCUGACGGUCAGCGUCAAGCCCAGCGUCAUGAAACUCCCCACCGAUCCCAUGGCACCGCUCAUCAUGGCCGGACUGGGUACAGGUCUCGCUCCCUUCCGUGCCUUUGUCCAACACCGCGCCCUAGAGAAGUCUCUCGGCAGGGAAGUUGGUCCUGUUCUCCUGUACAUUGGAGCCCGCCACCAGCGGGAAGAAUACUGCUACGGCGAAGAGUGGGAGGCCUACGCUGCCUCGGGGGUCAUCACUCUGCUUUCCACGGCCUUUUCACGAGACCAGCUACACAAGGUCUACAUCCAGGACCGCAUGAGACAGACUCUCCCGCAGAUAGCUGAUGCUUAUCUCGCUAAGCACGGCUCGUUCUAUCUGUGUGGACCGACAUGGCCUGUCCCUGACGUUACCGCUGUCCUAGAGGAAGCGGUGGCCUCUCUCUCGGUAGAUACGAAAAUAGACACACGCGCUGAGAUGGACCGGCUCAAGGACCAGCACCGCUUCGUGCUAGAGGUUUACUAG